AGGGGACCCUAAAAAACCCUUCUGCAGUUCUUCUCUUUCUACAGAGACCCUCCGUAGCUUCUGACGCUCACAAUUUCUCUGUUCUCCGCGAAACUCAGAGCUUCGUUUCGAUUCGCGGUGGUUUCAAUGGGGAGCGAAGAGGAGAAUAACGAAUUCUACCUCCGCUACUACGUCGGUCACAAAGGGAAGUUCGGUCACGAGUUCUUGGAGUUCGAGUUUCGCCCCGACGGGAAGCUUCGCUAUGCUAAUAACUCCAACUACAAGAACGACACCAUCAUCCGCAAGGAGGUUUACCUCACUCCCGCCGUUCUACGCGAGUGCCGUCGCAUCAUCUCCGAAAGCGAGAUUAUGAAGGAAGAUGAUAACAACUGGCCGGAACCGGACCGGGUGGGGCGACAGGAGCUGGAGAUUGUUAUGGGGAAUGAACACAUAUCGUUCACGACCUCGAAAAUUGGAUCUUUGGUGGAUGUUCAGAGCAGUGCUGACCCGGAAGGACUUCGUAUCUUUUACUACCUUGUUCAGGAUUUGAAGUGCUUUGUCUUCUCUCUCAUUUCACUUCACUUCAAGAUCAAACCUAUCUAAGGUGCUUUCAGUAUCAUGCUUUCUUCCUCUUGGAGUCUUGCUAAUGGAGUUCAACAUCUGAUAGAGUGACUUUAUAAUCGUGAGUAUGAUUUGGUUCUAUAUGUUCACAUGAAAUGGAAUUUUGGAUUCGAGGGUGAAAUCCCAGUACUAAAAGUGAUGAUUGGAUUGGAUCGGAUUUUAUGCAUGACUAAGUUAUUAUUCUUUCAUCGCCUUGCUUUCACAGUUGAAUCAUCCCAAAUGUUAUAUUCUGGAAUUAUUGUCAGCAUGAGAUGCGUACAUGCUACUUUUAUGACGAUUUCUGAGAUGGAAAAAUAUUUUACUUA